AUGGUGAAUCAAUUCCUCAGUGCGACCAGAGGAGCCACUGAUGCUUUCUCUGGUGUUAGCAGACAUGUAAAUGAUGCGCUAAGGAAGGUGGGAGCUAUGAAUAUUGAGGUUGGCGUUGGUUGUGGAAUUGGAUUUGGCCACGGAUUCGGAGUUGGCAUUGCUGUGAAACCAGGGGUGUUGCAGAAAGUUCAAGCUUGCUUUCUGGAAGCAAUGACAAUAGUUAUGAUGAAACUUGGAGAGGUACCGAAUAUGUCAGCUAUUCAAGGCGGCCUCCCAAUAUCGUUGCCAGGUGGUAUCAUUGUGGCAAGUGGACCAACAAGCAACAGUCCUUCAACUGCUAUCACUCAGCUUGGAGGGAACUUCCCAGACUUCUCGCCUCAAGAACAGCAGAAGCCAUUUCUUAGAGAAGAUGACCCUGCCCUGAAGCAAGUGGCUGGCAGUUUUCAGUCGGUAAACAACAUGCUUCAAAUGGUGCCGAAGCACCAGCAGAUCAUUGAAGAGCUACUGGAAGAGAACAAGAAGCUUCGUCAAAUCCUUGUGGAAGAUCUCAAAAAUAUUGGAUCAUCGUAUUAUUGCAAGUAUGCAGAUGUAGGCUCUUAUAGUUAGGCUGCACCACUGUGGAACCUAUUUGUUGCACCGCGUGAGUUGGUCUUGGUCUUGCUACUAUAUGACUUGAUACCAUGCUAAUGCAUUGGGGCGAUAUCUGGUUCGAUUGUCAUUGUGGAGAAUCUCACUUGUGAGUGGUAUUGGUCAGAUUAUGUGAUCACCUGCUACGUUACCACGAGUGAGUCGAUGACAAUGGUUACCUUCGACCUCAAUGAAGUAGUAACUCAGCUGGUAUUCCUAGUACAAAAUGUGUGCCCAUGCAGUGUCUGCACCGGAUAAUAAGCAAGCUACAAGAGACAGUAUAUAAUACAAGAAUAAGUAAAGGUCGAGGGUUGGGUACCGAGUGAUUGGUUCAUGUGGCCACCGGAUGGUCACAUUGCUCCCGCUGACAGCUAAGGAGGAGAGAUCGGAGGUGAAGUUGGUGCAUCCUCGAAGGUCCAAUAUCAUCCUUACCACUGUAGAAGGAAGACUUGCUGCAGGGAAUCUCUCCAGCGACUUGCAUUGGGCUAGAACUAGCCUCUUCAGUGACUUCAAGCCAUCAAGCCCCUCAACCUCCCGCAGAUUUGGAAUGUCCCACAAAACCAAGCGCCUCAACUGCCUCAGCUUCGACAAGGAUGGUAGCCUCUCUACAGUUGGCAACCUAACCAACUCCAGCUCAACCAAUUCGUUGAGUUCCCCAAGCCCCUCCAGCAGUGCUGAUCCAUCGUGAUUUCCAUCGACCCUCGAUAUACCCCCAAUUCGCAAGAUCUUAAGCCUCGGCAGUUUUGACAGUCGGGGUAUGGAGCCACCAUCCAACCGUGGACAUCCAUCGAUGUGCAUUUCUUGGAAAGAGUGAACGACGUCUAGUGCCCUUCGGCAGUCAUCAUCUAGUGCAGUAGUUAGCAGAGGGCAGUCCAGCAUCGUUAACUUGGCCAGCUUGCAGUUAGAACCAGACAUGAGAUCCCCAAGCCCGUCCAGACAAGUCAAACGACUUGCAGAAUCAAUUGUGAGCGACUGCAACCGUUUCAACCUUCCAAGCCCUUGGAUCUCUCUCAGUUCUGAACAGCUCUUGAGUAUUAAUUCGAUCAGGUUCUCCAGAUUCUCCAAGUUCGGGAGCCACUCCAAAGUUGUAAAGUUGAUCGAGAGCAUGGUCAGAGACGACGGAAGCAGGGUAGCAUUAGGGGCCAUGAUAAGGUUCGGGGAGUAAAAGAGUGUCAAAGACUCCAACUUGGACGACUUCCACCACAAUGUGCUGGUCUCCGGGAUCACCACCCUCGUCCUGCACUGGAUGAUCCUGAGUUCUCGCAACUGUAGCAGCUCGACGAGGUUGGCCAGCGCGGAUGAAGUGGUCAGCACCUUCAAACUUGUAGGGAGCUUGAUCCCUGCCAGCACUUCAAACUGACGAUACUCAUCAAACGACGCUUCUUCAGCUCUCAGGAUUUCGAGCAAUGGCAGUUCCCCAAUAUCAGCCAGCCAUUCGCUCCCUUCCUCUAUGAACUUGAUGUUAGUGAGAUCGAGCUCUCGAAGCCCCUUCAUCAUCCCCAGGGUUCCCCCUUUAAUCUUCCUCAGUUUACAGUUGUUCAGGUUCAACACUUUCAGGUUCAGCAAAUUCCUCGUAUCCAGCUCCACAUAAGAACUCAAGAGAAACAGAUCCGACUUCGCAACCAAGGAUGGUCUAUAUCUUCUUCCCGGACAAUUGCUCUGCCCGUGUCUCUGAGUUGAUCAUGCAUUUGAAACUCGUUAAGAUUUCCUAUCUUGAUCAUCGACCUUUGAAUAAGAAUGUUGAUGUUGGUGAUGGGAUAAAAGUUGCAAUCGCUCCACAUGUAAGAAGCAUUUUCUUUGUCUUCUCCGAUAAAGAAACAAGCGAUGUCUAGAAAUAUUUGUUUUGCUUCAUGCGCCAACGUGUCGUAGCUUAUCUUUAAGCUUUCCACUACCUCCGUUUCGGGUAUUUCUUUCAACUUUGCCAAUUUGUCUUUCCAGAUGCCAACGUCUUCUCUGAAUAGGGACGAGCCGACAACCUUGAGUGUCAGUGGGAGCCCUCCUGUGGUGGAGACAAUGUCUUUUGAUAGGGUCUCGAAACCCGGUGGAGGAGAGUCCAUACCGAAUGAGUGCUUGCAGAAGAGUUGAAGCGAACGAUCCGGGGUCAUUCCUUGAGCUUCAUAUAACUUGCAUCGACGAUCUCCGCCUAAACUUUUCAAGAUUUUUACGUUCCUAGAAGUGACAAUGAAUCGACUGUUAGGAAAGAAGUUCUCGAAAUUCCCCAAGAUCUCCUCAAAUUUAAACUUCUCGUCCACAUCAUCAAGAACGAUGAGAACUCUAAACUGAGAAACUCUCUCUUUUAUAAUUCUCCUUCCUUCUCGAGCAUCAACCAUCGAGCUAACCGAGUCCAAUCUCAAAAUGUUAGAGAUUAACUUCUUCUGUAAAGCAAGAAUACCAUCCGUCUCUUGUUGCUUUUGUCGUAUGUUCUCCAAGAAACUACA